GAUAAACUCAAGACAUUCAAGAAGUUUGAUAUCUGUACACCUGAAAAAAGUACAGUACAGUUUCUCGCUGUACGGUUGUAAUUGGACAGUGUGAGCAAAGGUACAUAGUUAGUAGUGUACUGCUUAAAAAAUUUUUGGCAGAAUACAUACUGCACGGUUGUGUGGCAACACUGACUGCUGAAAGUGAUUGCAAGAAAGAAUCAGAAAAAGUGGAGAUUCAAAUAAUUGCUGAUUUUUGUUCGAUAUACGCGGUAUAAAGUGCAUAUAUACGGAAUUUUAAAAAAUUGCAUUAGACGUAAUUUGUGUAUAAUAAGAAAAAAACAUUAAAACACUGUGAAAUUAUAGAAAACAAAGCAAUACGGAUCCAGCUUGGUAGUGUACAUACUUGUGCGCGCAAAAUUUAAAAGAAGCUCUGCAAUAUGGAUACUGAAGCGCAAACACCAAAUUACACGCUUAAAUAUACGCUUGCUGGCCAUACCGAAGCCGUCUCAGCACUUAAGUUUAGUCCCAAUGGAGAGUGGUUGGCCAGUUCAUCUGCUGAUGAACUUAUUAAAAUCUGGGGUGGUUAUGAUGGAAAAUUUGAAAAGUCUCUUUUCGGUCAUAUGGACGGUAUAAACGAUUUGGUCUGGUCGGCUGACUCUAAUUUGAUUGUAAGUGCUAGCAAUGAUGAAUCGUUAAAAAUCUGGAAAUUAAGCACUGGUAAAUGUUUGAAAACAUUGCUUGGCCACGAUGGCGUCGUUUUCUGCUGCAGUGUCAAUCCUCAAAGCAAUAUAAUUGUAUCUGGUGGCUUUGAUCAAUACAUACGUACAUGGGAUGUGCGCACUGGUAAUACUUUAAUUGCCCAACUCGCUCAUUCAGAAACAAUAUCUGCUGUUGAUUUCAAUCGUGAUGGUUCAAUGAUUAUUAGUUCAAGUUACGAUGGACAUUGCCGUGUCUGGGAUACAAUAAGUGGGCUGUGUUUAAAAACAUUUAUUGUAGAUGAUGAAGGCGUUGAAUAUCCUUUGAGUUAUGCCAAAUUUUCUCCAAAUGGAAAAUAUGUUUUGGUUGCUAGCUUGAACAGCACUCUGAAAUUGUGGGACUACAAGCAUGGUAAAUGCUUAAGGACAUUUACUGGACACAAAAAUGAGAGAUUCUGCAUUACUGCUGAAUUCUCAGUUACAGGUGGCAAGUGGGUAGUAUCUGGUAGUGAAGAUAAAUUAAUUUAUAUCUGGGAUAUACAAACUAAACAAAUUGUACAGAAGUUAGAUGGUCACGAUGAUGUUGUACUAUGCACUGCUUGUCAUCCCAUCGCAAAUAUUAUUGCUUCCGCAUCCUUAAGUAACGACAAAACUAUUAAAAUAUGGAAAAGUGAUAUAUAGUUUCACUUUUUUUGGGUUUAUUUACUUUGGAGAUCUCAUUUUUCUUUACAUUAAUAAUAAUUUUAUUCAAUAUUUUAAUUUUUACAACACAUUAUAUGAUUCAUUAAAAACUGAUAUGCAAUUUUUAAA